UCACAUCACAGACACACACACAGAGUUUGCAAAGGACGGAAAAUAAUCUAAGAUCCACACGAUUUUAACCUAAAAAAUUAAUCCUAAUUUUAAAAAGUGGGUGCAACUCGUGUCUCUGUCCAACGGAAACAGUGGGCGUAACAAAAGAGUUUUAAAACAAAAUGGCGCUUAAGCGGAUCAAUAAGGAACUGCAAGACCUCGGCCGCGACCCCCCCGCUCAGUGCUCCGCCGGACCCGUGGGAGAUGAUUUAUUCCACUGGCAAGCAACAAUCAUGGGACCCCCCGACUCCCCGUACCAAGGCGGGGUAUUUUUCUUGUCGAUCCACUUUCCGACGGACUACCCCUUCAAACCGCCCAAGGUUUCCUUCACGACGCGAAUCUACCACCCAAACAUCAACUCGAACGGAAGCAUCUGCCUCGACAUCCUGAGGUCACAGUGGAGCCCCGCGCUCACCAUUAGCAAAGUCCUCUUGUCAAUCUGCUCUUUACUGUGCGAUCCGAACCCUGACGACCCAUUGGUCCCGGAAAUCGCGCGAAUAUACAAAACCGACCGCGAUAAGUAUAACGAAUUGGCUCGAGAGUGGACCCGAAAGUACGCAAUGUGAAGAUUUAAUUUGUCCGCUUUUAAAAAGAAGAAGAGAAAGAAGAACGUGUCUGGUUGUCAUGGUGAUUUUGAGUAUAUAUAACAAAAUUCUUUU